AUGAAGCCAGGCCCGCUGCCCGAGGCCAAGACCAUCACGGUGUAUAGGAAUGGAGACGGGUUCUUUGUGGGCCGGAGGGUCGUGGUCAGUGCGCGGUUCUCCAGUCUGGAUGUGUUGUUGGAUCACCUGUCAUCAGUGCGCUCUGGGGCCGGGACCGGGGCUGGAGUGCAGUUUGGGGCCGUGAGGAAACUGUUCUCCCUGCGGGGUCUGAGGCUGCGGAGGCUGCAGCAGCUGGAGGCUGGAGGGAGGUACGUGGCGGCGGGCAACGAGAGCUUCAAACACCUGGAUUACUCUGAAAUAACAGCCAAGACGCCGCAGAUGAGACUAAACGUGCAGAUACUCCCUGUCGUCCAGAAUCAGAGCCAGAGCCAGGCCUCUUCUCGCUGGGGCAAAACCAAAGAUGGCACCUGCACGAUACAUGUUUUCAGGAACGGGGAGGUUUUGUUUCCUCCGGUGAGAGUGCGUAUCCCCAAAUACACACUGAAAAGCUGGGAUAAUGUUUUGGCCAUGGUGGCGGAGAAAGUGAGGCUUCGCACAGGAGCGGUGCAGAGACUAUGCACAGUGGAAGGCCGGCCUCUGUCUAGUCCAGCUCAGCUCAGAAACCAGCAGCACUAUGUGGCGGUGGGAGCAGAGAGGUUUAAAGCCCUCCCGUACGACCAGCGUCUCUACAACAGACCUCUCAGCAACAAGAACAGCUCGUAUGGAUUUGGAAGACAAAGUAAAACACAAAACUCGUUGGUGCCUGUGCACUUGUCAAGAGAAUAUGGGAAUACCAGUCUCCAGACGGGGGCAGCAGAGAGGCGGCAGCCCGGAGCCUCCUCAUUCCUCGGAGGCAGUGUGUUUGCGCCACAGAGAAGGAGGAGUGAAAUAGCUGGAGCUGCAGAGGUGAAAGAGGAACAGCUCACCUUCAUGCCCAUUGACCAGACUGAACCCAAAACAUUGGGAGAAGACAGAGUCCUCAGCUGUGUGCAGGGCCCCGCAUGUCUGCACAUUCAUUUGAACGUGACAGACCAUGUCCAGUCUGUGGCACUCGCCGCCCCAAAGAUCCACAAAUGA